AUGAGCUCUGGCCCUUCUGGCUCUGCCCCCGAAAGGGAAAGAAGCGGUCCCGCUCAGAAACCGCAGCCACAACCAUCAUCCCAGAAGGCCCCAUCCCAGCCCAAGGAGAUUAUCGACCUUACCAUGACGGAUGAAGAAACGUCACCCACAAUGACCGUGUCAACGGGCAGCCGAGCAACCAGUACCGAACCGACCCCCACUCCCAUCAAAUUCUCUCUGAGACCGGUGUAUCGGCUGAUUGACUUGACGUUAGAGUCUGACGAAGACAAGGACGUCAUUGGCGGCAUGCAUGAAAAGUCCAACCCGGACCCCAAGGACAAGAAGAAAGAGGUAAUAGUCAAGAAGAAGUCCGAAAAGGAAGUAAAGCGAGUUGCGCAGCUGGACCACAUGGCCGUCAUGUUCACCCCCGCCCAGGCUAUUGCUGCCCUCACAAACCCAAAUCCGCUUGAUAUCACGUACGAUAUGAAGACUGGUGAGCGCUUCACGUUUCCGGUUAAGAGGUCGUAUAAUUUGGGUGCUAUGGGUCGCUAUAUGCCCUCUGUUGCUGAUGACAAGGCGUCUGCUGCCGAGAAGAAGGAGUCUACCAAGGGCAAGGGUAAGGCUCCUGCUGAGGGCAAGGGAUCCACUCGAGAUAAGGCGUCUGCUGCAGACAAGUAACUCGUCAUGCUCAAACUGCUAUAAAAAAAAGCAGAUUCCAAGAAAGGGAGAUUCUGGGGUAUUCGACAAAUUUUCGUGUAACUUUGUCAUGACAAAGAAAAUGAUGAAUUUUCUUGUAAGACAGUGUAUAUUUGUGCACGCCACUCUUGUGUGUCGAGCUGUUCAUGGGCAAUUGAAAUGAUAAUUCAAACUCACUUCAAACAAUGUAAUGAGUAAACAAACGUG